AUGGAUUGUCAUUCCAAUUCUACAUCAGAAACUAUAAGAAAAAAUAAACUGCUAAUUUACAGUCGUCAGAUGCAGUUCGAUGAUGACGACGAAGAAUUCUGUUCACAUGUUAACAUUUAUAAUGAACACAGAGGUCAUUUGGAGCGAGACCGAAGAGCACGUACGGAUUUGGAUACUGAAAUACUUGAUCUUUAUGAUCCCAUUCAAGAAAAAACUUCACAAAAUUCAACUAAGCAGUCUAUAUUUUCUUCAACAUCAAUAUCAAAAAGUAUUGAGAUUUGGUUUUCAUUUUAUCGUUUUGUUGAGGUGCUAUUUAUUUCAGAUCUACAGCAAAAUUAA